UUCGCUUGUCUCUCCAUAUGCACCAAUCUGAUAAGUUUUUUUUUUGGAGUGAUCACUCAAAUCAACCCACAUUUUCUCUUCUCUUAUAGCCCUUUUUAAUCAAAUACAAUUUGUAACUUUAGUAUGUGUUCUAGCUUUCCAAGGGUUGUACUCUUUGUGCUGAGUGCUUUUUGGGUUUUUGCUGAACUUGUGCUUGCAAAACAUGCAGGCAUCACCAGGCACUAUAAGUUUGAUAUUAAGAUGCAAAACGUGACAAGGUUGUGCCAAAUAAAGAGCAUUGUGACAGUCAAUGGCCAGUUUCCAGGGCCUCGGAUUGUUGUCAGGGAAGGCGAUACAAUGUUGGUUAAGGUUGUUAACCAUGUUCAGAAUAAUAUCACCAUUCAUUGGCAUGGAAUAAGGCAGCUAAGGAGUGGGUGGGCAGAUGGACCAGCAUACAUUACACAGUGCCCAAUUCAGACUGGUCGUUCCUAUGUUUAUAACUUCACCAUUACUGGCCAAAGAGGGACCCUGUUUUGGCAUGCUCACAUCUCAUGGCUCAGAGCCACUCUCUAUGGACCCAUUGUCAUCCUCCCCAAGCCACAUGUCCCUUACCCAUUUCGUCAUCCCUACAAAGAAGUCCCCAUCAUAUUUGGUGAAUGGUGGAAAGCAGAUACUGAGACAGUGAUCAACCAAGCACAGCAAACAGGAGGAGCACCAAAUCUCUCUGAUGCCUUCACCAUUAACGGUCUUCCUGGACCCUUCUACAACUGCUCUGCUAAAGAUACCUUCAAGUUGAAGGUGAGGCCAGGGAAGACAUACCUCCUCCGACUCAUCAACGCUGCCAUGAACGACGAGCUGUUCUUCAGCAUCGCCAACCACACUCUCACCGUCGUCGAAGCCGACGCAGUCUACGUAAAGGCAUUCAAAACCACCACAAUUCUCAUCACCCCAGGCCAAACCAUCAACGUCCUCCUAAACACCAGACACCACCACCCCAAUGCCACCUUCCUCAUCGCGGCCAGGCCUUACGCCACCGGCCCCGCCACCUUUGACAACACCACCACUGCCGGAAUCCUAGAAUACCACUCACCACCACCCUCCACCCCCAACACCAAAACCCCCAAACUUCCCCUGCUAAUACCAACACUUGCCGCUUUCAACGACACAAUAAUUGCGACGAAUUUCAAUAGAAAAGUUCGCAGCUUAGCAAAUACUAAAUUUCCGGCAAAGGUUCCUAAAAAUGUGGAUAGACAUUUUUUCUUUACUGUUGGAUUAGGGAUAAGCCAAUGCUCUCAGAACCAAACAUGUCAAGGACCAAACAACACUAGAGUGGCAGCCGCCAUUAACAAUGUGACGUUCGUGCAGCCAAACACGGCACUUCUUCAAGCACAUUUUUUCAACCAAGCGAAAGGCGUGUACACGACCGAUUUUCCGGAGAACCCACCGGUGAAAUUCAAUUAUACGGGCACGCCGCCGAGCAAUAUCAUGGUGGCGAGUGGUACUAAGGUGGUGGUGCUGCAAUUCAAUACUAGUGUGGAGUUGGUUAUGCAAGGCACUAGUAUUAUUGGGGCAGAGUCUCAUCCUCUGCACCUCCAUGGAUUCAAUUUCUUUGUUGUGGGUCAGGGUUUUGGGAAUUAUGAUCCGAAUAAAGAUCCGGCUAACUUCAAUCUGGUUGACCCGGCUGAGAGGAACACGGUUGGUGUGCCCUCCGCUGGUUGGGUUGCUAUUCGCUUCCUUGCCGACAAUCCAGGAGUGUGGUUCAUGCACUGUCACCUAGAAGUUCAUACAAGUUGGGGAUUAAAGAUGGCUUGGGUUGUAAUGGAUGGACAGCGUCGCAAUCAAAAAUUGCUACCUCCACCGUCCGAUCUUCCAAAAUGUUGACCAUAAGUUCCCUUCAAGUUUUGAUUUAUAGUGUGUUUGGUUAGAGAUUUGAAGAUGAAUUUAAAAAGAGAAAGGAAAAAAGUGUAUAAAUCUAAGUGAAAUAUAUGUAUGUUUUAUUCACAUUUCACUUACCUUUUUUAUUUCUCUUUCCAAAUCCUUCUUCAAUCUCGCAACCAAACACAACAUUAAUCUUGUCUUGGUUUUUUUUUUUUUUGAUGUUCUUUUAUUCGUUUUCCUUUUAAAUAUCAAAGGUAAAGCAGGGACAAAAUAUUUUUUAGAAUAUUAUAGGUUAUGAUGAUUGUUUGGGAUUCCAUUUUCAUAUGCCCACUCAAACAAAAAUAGAUUUGAGUGCGAAUUUUCAAUAUGUUAUUAGGAUUGUAAUACAAUUCAAUUAUUUAAUAAAGACAAUUGUU